CGGCUGUUAGGGAGAGAGAGGUAGAGACUGUUGGGGUGAGGCUGGGUGCGGGGGAAAGACCUCCUCAUCCCCGGAGAGUGAAAUAAUUUGGGAUCCGCACAGAACCUUGGAGAACUGACUGGGUCAGAAUAUGAGCCCCUGGGGGAUUCAGUUGAGUGGGGUUUGAGGGGGGGGAGGGUGGUCUAUCACAUUCAUUCCUCACUUUCCAAUCUCCCUCCCUCUCUGUAUUUGGAUUCGGGACUGCAGCUUCUCUCUCUCUCUCUCUCCCUCUGAUCAGCUCCAACUCCCUGCUCCUUGCCCCCUCCCCCCACCCGCACCCUCUCUCCCACUUCCCACCCACCUCCACCCACACACACCCUCUCUCCCCUCCCUCUGAUGAGAAAUUGCUGGCAGCUUCACUUUGAGAUCCCACCAGUAAAACUCAACUCCGCUCGCCUGAGCUCCCACAGAAGCCAGUUCACCGCCAGCUGAUCACUGCACGGUCAGCAUCCCGCCCAGGGCCGAGUGGACGCCAGCUGCUAGCCCGGGACGGGCUGGGUGACCGAGGGCCGGAGCAUGGAGCCACUGUCCCGGGUACAACUCGCUCUUUUCUGGUUCCUAUUGUGUCCUGAAAACAUCAUCAGCCUCUGGUGGGCAGUGGGAAGUCCCCUGGUGAUGGACCCAAACAGCAUCUGCCGGAAAACCAAGCGGUUGGCAGGGAAGCAGGCUGAAUUGUGCCAAACUGAGCCGGAGAUUGUGAGUGAGGUGGCAAAAGGAGCCAGGCUGGGGGUACGGGAAUGCCAGUUCCAGUUCCGAAGCCGGAGAUGGAACUGUACCAUCCACAACAAAUACUUCCGAAAAAUCCUGCAGCAAGACAUCCGAGAGACGGCCUUUGUGUAUGCCAUCACAUCCGCUGGCGUGACGCACACUGUGACUCAGGCUUGCAGCAUGGGUGAGCUGCUACAGUGUGGUUGCGACAGGUCCCGCAACCAUUCUCCCCCGCUGCCUGGCGCAGGCACCAGGACGGAGGGCACGGCCUGGGAGUGGGGAGGCUGCGGCGAUGACGUGGACUUCGGCUAUGAGAAAUCCAAGCAGUUUAUGGACGCCAGGAAGAAGAAGGGCAAGAGCGAUAUAAGGACGCUGGUGGACCUGCACAACAAUGAGGCUGGAAGGCUGGCUGUGAAGAAUUACAUGAGAACCGAAUGCAAAUGCCACGGCCUCUCGGGUUCUUGCACCCUCAGGACGUGUUGGAAGAAAAUGCCUAACCUUCGCGAAGUGGGCACCAGGCUCCUGGAUCGCUUUAAUGGCGCCUUCAAGGUGAUGGGAGGCAACAACGGGAAGAGCCUGAUCCCAGUCGGUCAGAACAUCAAGCCCCCCGACAAGCACGACCUGGUGUACUCUGCCAACUCUCCUGAUUUCUGCCUGCCCAACCGCAAGACCGGCUCGCCCGGCACCCGGGGCAGGACCUGCAACAGCACAGCUCUGGAUGUGAGCGGUUGUGACCUGCUGUGCUGCGGGAGGGGUUACAGGGAGCAGACGGUGGUGGUGGAGGAGAACUGCCUGUGCCGCUUCCAUUGGUGCUGUGUGGUCCAGUGCAAGAAAUGCACGACCCGCAGCCAGCUGAGCCUCUGCUUGUGACUGGCCAGGCACUGUGGUUGGAUGGGAGAGCUGCCACGCAAUUGCUGAAAACUCCCAUUGGCAACCUGCAUUGAGGAGACAUUAACCGUGAGCCUUAAACCCUGCUCAGCUUCUCCCCUGCCAGGUGGAGGCUGCAGGAAAGCAAGCCCCUCGCUUCUAUGACCUACUUUGUUACAACUUAGGCAAGACAUGGAGGAAGUCUCAUGAAAGACACAGCCUGAGAACUCAAAGCUUGUUGCAAUUGCGGCAAUAAACAAACACUUCAUUUCGAACUGGUGCAGGCGACAGAGGUGUGGGUUUUCAAUGAAAGUGUUGGGAGGGGGAGGGGCAUUAUUCAAACGGUGUGCGAUGCACAAGAACUUUUUGAGAAAGAGGACCUCCUUGGCUUCCCACUGACUGAACAGCUUAAACUUUUAUCUGUGACCUGAAAAACAAGAGGAGAGGUGAAAUCUUUACUACAGCCAGAAUGACAGAAAUCACAACUGGUAUACAUAGCACAUACAUUUGAUAAGAAGCCCAAAACAUUUGCAUUUCUUUCUUGUGUGCAUGUGAGAGGAGAUGUGUGUUUUUGACUGUGUAUGUGUUUGUGUGUGUGUAUGAGAGAGUGUAAGCGUGUCCGCUUGUGUGAGUGUGUGGUUGUGUGUGCAUAUGUAUGCCCGUGUGUGAUUGUUCAUGAGUGUGUGCACAUGAGUGUGGGACAACUGUGUGUUUGAGCUUAUUCAUGAGAAUGUGCAGGGCUGUGUGUGUCAGAGAGCACAUGUAAUUGUGCCUCAGUUGUGUAUCAUGUGCGUAUGCGUUUGUGUCAUGUUUUUGUGUGGCAUUUAUCUCUGUGAUUUUGUGCAUAAGUGCAUCAUGUAUGUGUGCAUGGUUCUGCCUGCAUGGGUGUGUACACUGUUCUUGUCUGUCACACGUGCCAGCAAGUAUGUGCACAAGUGUACCUGUGUGUAUGGAUCAUGUGUUUGCACGUGUGUCAUGUAUUUGUCAUGUGGUUGCGUAUGUAUGCAUCAUGUGCAAACCUGGCUGGAAUGUCUAUGUGUGUGAAGAUGCAUGUGUCAUGUUGGCUGUGCUGUAUGUGUUUCAUGUGUUUGUGGGACAGAGGUAAGGGAAAGGGAGGAGUUGCUGAUAGGAAUUGCCUGUGACAGCCUGCAAAUGAAGUUGAUAAAGGCGCAUUUUCCUUUGAAAAGAAAGUUUCUGAGACGCUUCUGUUUUACCAAGUCAAAUUGCAGUUACAGACAGAAAUCUGUACCCAUCCAUGCCAAUUCCCCAAAUGCAUCUUAAUUCCAGAUCAAUUCCUUUUUCUUCCCAUGCCUGUAGUUUCUCUCUGUAAUAUGUUCUACGUACAACAUGUCAUUAAAUACAUGAGGUUCUAUUUAAGGAGAAGGAAUUCUUCCUGAACAAUCUGCU